AUGCCACCUGGAACCACUAAGUACUGGCUACCGUCUACGACAGCGGGAUCGCCGGCGUAUUCCAGCAUAUCCUUUCACUCCUCUUUCAAGGAAGUCUGGGUCCAUCGAAAGGAACGACCCUCGCAGGGCGACACUGACAGGGCCCAAGAUAAAAAAUCAAAUUCGCAACGAAAUCAUACGGUCACGGUCAUGGUUCCUGUUGAGAUGUCGUUCGAGACAGACGGUGCCAGCGAGGUGGCAGAAAGGUCUGAAUUGUUCAUGUCAACCUUCAAGCGCUUGCCGAAGGAACAUACCGACGUCGAUGGAGGACAGAUGGAUUGA